AUUUUGGACCAAGGCCUAGCCAGCCAUCUCGUGCAAGCCCCACCUGGCGAUGGUCGCUGCUGGUAAGAAACACAGCGUGUUGCUCAGGAGCGAUGGCGUGGCAGUGGCGUGCGGCCAAAACCGCGCGGGUCAGUGCGACAUUCCGGCGUUGGGCGGCGGCUUGACCUACACGCAGGUUUCUGCAGGGUUUGUCCACACGGUCCUCCUCCGCAGCGAUGGGGCCGCCGUGGCUUGCGGUGGCAACUUCUGUGGCCAGUGCGACAUACCGAUCCUGGACGAAGGUCAAACGUACAUACAGGUUGGUGCGGGUUUCGUCCACACUGUUCUGCUCAGAAGCGAUGGUGCGGCCGUGGCAUGCGGCUCGAAUGGAUUGGGCCAGUGCAGCAUUCCAGCGCUGCAGCAUGGGCUGACCUAUGCGCAGGUCGCUGGGGGCGAAGACCACACCGUUCUGCUCAGGAGCGAUGGCGUGGCAGUGGCCGUUGGAGCGAGGAGCUGGGGCCAGUGUGACAUCCCAGCGCUGGAUGAAGGUCUGACCUACACGCAGAUUGCCGCUGGCGGCACGCACACCCUCCUGCUCAGGAGCGACGGCGCUGCCGUGGCCUGUGGCCGGAACGACGCGGGCCAGUGCAGCAUUCCGGCGCCGGGCGGAGCUGUGACGUACGCGCAGGUGGCCGCGGGUGAUUUCCACACCGCUCUGCUCAAGAGCGAUGGCACGGCCGUGGCGUUUGGCCAGAAUCAGGCCGCCCAGUGCUGCAUAACAAGUCUCGAGAGUGGCCUGACUUACACAGAAGUUGCUGCUGGCGGCUGCCACACCGUCCUGCUCAGGAGCGACGGCGUGGCCGUAGCCCACGGGGCGAAUUUCUACGGCCAGUGCCAGGUGCCCUCCUGCAGAACCUGGGCAGAGUGGCUGCAGGCGAGUCCGGCCCACCUCCAGUAUGUACAGUCUUUGCCGCCGUGGGCUUUGCCGGCACUGGUUCUGCAAGCGUCUUUUGAUGGCGUCUCGGUACUCUUCACGACGCUGGGCGGUAAGGAGUUUCUCAAGAUUAGUGCAACGCCCGCUGACCGUCUGGCGGAUGUACACGCCCGGUUGAUGACUUGCACUUGUUUAGGUAUGUUGCGGUCGUCGUUCUCCAAAGUCGAGGCCGUCUUGCCAGGAGGCGAGCUGCUCAGCCACGGGUCCACUCAGGAGUCCACAUCAGUGGCGGAGACAUUUCCAACCGUGCCGGAUCAUGCCGAUUGCCGCGAGGCGGAGAAGAUUCGAUGUCCAGCCGCAUCGGUGUCCGAUGCCUCUGCAACGCCGACGAGCCCUCUCUAUGCGCCCGCCGCCGAUGUUUUCUCGUGUUCGCGGAGCCUCCACGGCGCUCGGAUCGGGUUCAGGACCACACUUCGAUGACGUCCGCCUCGUGGGUGGAGGAAAAGACGGCACAAAGCAUUGUCCCAAGAGACUGCCUGGCAAUGUGUGGCUGAGUAUGGGUGAGUUUGUGCACGUGUGCCUGGGGUGAGAAUGGGUCUCGGUGCAAGUGUGCCUGAGUAUGUGUGGCUGGAUAUUGCUGGUCUGGGUGAGACUGAGUGACUGGAUCAGAAUACGAUCAGGAGGAA